AUGACCACCGGCUUCAGCUCGAACUCUUGCCGAUUCGCAGAUUAUUUCGUUAUCUGCGGACUAGACACCGAAAGCGGGUUGGAACCAGACGAGCUGUCCGCUUUAUGCCAAUAUAUACAGGCUACUAAAUUCAGAGAUGGUGCCAGAGGAAAGUUGGCGCAUGCAGAUGCAGGUGAGAAUUUUGAGCAGAGUCCACUGCGGAGAACUUUUAAAUCCAAAGUUCUAGCACAUUACCCUGAGAAUGUGGAAUGGAACCCAUUCGAUCAGGAUGCUGUCGGCAUGCUAUGUAUGCCGAAGGGCCUGUCGUUCCGCACACAGGCCGACUCUCGGGAACCCCAGUUCCACUCCUUCAUCAUCACGCGAGAAGACGGCUCACGUACCUAUGGUUUCGCUCUCACCUUUUUUGAGGAGGUGACCAGCAAACAAAUCUGCAGCGCCAUGCAGACGCUCUACCACAUGCACAACGCCGAACAGUACGAUAUCCUGCACACCCCCACCACCCCACAGUGCCCCGACGACGCCCGGCCUCCCCCCCAGCUGCACGCCGCCCCUUCCAUAUCCCGCCUGCAGCGUUUCAACUCGUACGACAUUAGCCGUGACACGCUCUAUGUGUCCAAGUGCAUCUGCCUCAUCGCUCCCAUGGCCUUCCCUCAGGCUUGCCGGAAGGUUCUGCAACAGCUGCACCAGGCAGUCACGUCAGCGCAGCCCCCGCCGCUGCCUUUGGAGAGCUACAUCUAUAACAUCCUGUAUGAGGUGCCACUGCCACCCCCAGGACGGUCGCUCAAGUUUUCGGGCGUUUAUGGACCGGUGGUCUGUCAGAGGCCGAGUACAUCCGAACUGCCCCUCUUUGACUUCCCCAUCAGUGAGAUGUUUGAGCUACUGGGGGCAGAGAACGUGUUGCAGCUCUUUACCUGCGCCCUUCUGGAGAUCCAGAUCCUGCUCUACUCACAGCAUUACCAGAGGCUGAUGACUGUGGCAGAGAGCAUAACGGCCUUAAUGUUCCCCUUCCAAUGGCAACACGUAUACGUGCCCAUCUUACCCGCCUCACUGCUACAUUUCCUGGAUGCCCCUGUGCCCUACCUGAUGGGUCUGCACUCCAACGGACAGGAUGACCGCACCAAACUGGAGCUGCCUCAGGAGGCCAACUUGUGCUUUGUUGACAUUGACAACCAUUUCAUCGAGCUCCCUGAAGACCUGCCUCAGUUCCCUAAUAAACUGGAGUUUAUCCAAGAGAUCUCGGAGGUACUGAUGGCAUUCGGCGUGUCUCCUGAGGGGAGCCUGCACUGUAGCGAUGGUCAGGCUAAACUCAAGGGCUUCCGCUCUGUUGACGUGGCCUCAGACAAACGCAACGGCAACCUGGCCGGCUCUCCCCUUAACUCCUACCUGCUGAAGGAGAAUCAGACCAUCGCCCGCUUACAGGCCCUGGUCAAGAGGACCGGGGUGAGUCUGGAGAAGUUGGAUGUGAAGGACGAUGCAAGUAGCAAUAAAGAUGUAAAGAUGCAUUGUGACGAGGAGGAGCUGAAAAUGCAUCAGCUGAACAUUCAGGUUCGUGAAGUGUUUGCGAACCGCUUCACCCAGAUGUUUGCCGACUAUGAGGUCUUUGUCAUUCAGCCCAGUCAAGACAAAGAGUCCUGGUUCAGCAACCGUGACCAGAUGCAGAACUUUGACAAGGCCUCCUUUCUCUCAGACCAGCCAGAGCCCUAUCUGCCCUUCCUCUCUCGUUUUCUGGAGACACAGAUGUUUGCCUCCUUCAUCGACAGUAAAAUCCUGUGCCAUGACGAUGAGGACAAAGAGCACACACUCAGAGUGUUUGACGCUCGUGUGGACAAGAUCCGCAUGCUCAACGUCAGGACCCCGACGUUACGCACAUCCAUGUACCAGAAGUGCACUAACAUCGACGAAGCCGAGAAAGCCAUCGAAAUGAGAAUGGCGAAGAUUGACCACACAGCUCUACACCCACACCUACUGGACAUGAAAAUUGGCCAGGGCCGUUACGAGCCGGGGUUCUUCCCACGCCUGCAGUCCGACGUGCUCUCCACCGGGCCGGCCAGCAACAAAUGGGCGAAAAGGAGCGCCCCUGCACAGUGGAGAAGAAAGGACAGACAAAAACAACACGCUGAGCACCUGUAUUUGGACAAUGACCAGAGAGAGAAAUACAUUCAGGAGGCCAGGAACUUGGGCACCACCAUCCGCCAGCCCAAGCUCUCCAACUUGUCCCCCUCUGUCAUAGCACAGACCAACUGGAAGUUUGUGGAGGGCCUGUUGAAAGAGUGCAGAAAUAAGACUAAGCGCAUGCUGGUGGAGAAGAUGGGCAGAGAGGCAGUGGAGCUGGGUCAUGGUGAGGUCAGUAUUACAGGUGUGGAGGAGAACACCCUCAUCGCCAGCCUCUGUGACCUGCUGGAGAGGAUCUGGAGCCAUGGUCUGCAGGUCAAACAGGGUAAAUCUGCCUUGUGGUCACACCUGUUGCAUUAUCAAGACAGCAAAGAAAAGAGAGAUGCCACUCCUGGAGGCCUGGGUCCUCCUGGCUUCAUCCAUGACACAGAGAGACGCAAGUCUGAUGCUGGCUGUGCAAUGCCGCCACUCAGGAUCUCACUGAUUCAGGACAUGAGGCACAUCCAGAACAUCAGUGAGAUCAAGACAGAUGUGGGCAAGGCCAGAGCCUGGGUCCGUCUCUCUAUGGAGAAGAAGCUGCUGUCCAGACAUCUUAAACAGCUGCUGUCUGACCAGGAAUUGACCAAGAAACUUUACAAGCGUUAUGCCUUUCUGCGCUGUGAUGAUGAGAAGGAACAGUUCCUCUACCACCUGCUCUCCUUCAACGCUGUUGACUACUUCUGUUUUACCAAUGUCUUCACUACCAUUAUGAUCCCAUACCACGUGGUGGUCAUUCCCAGUAAGAAACUGGGAGGCUCCAUGUUCACAGCAAAUCCAUGGGUGUGUGUCUCUGGGGAGCUUGCAGAGACUGGAGUUCUCCAGGUGCCUAAGAAUACUCUGGAGAUUACGUUUGAGUGUCAGAACCUUGGCAAGCUGACCACAGUGCAGAUGGGCCAUGAUAACUCAGGACUGUAUGCCAAGUGGCUAGUGGAGUGUGUGAUGGUCCGUAAUGAGAUCACAGGGCACACUUACAAGUUCCCAUGUGGCCGCUGGCUCGGAAAGGGCGUGGAUGAUGGCAGUUUGGAGAGGAUAUUGGUGGGAGAACUAAUGACUCCUAACACAGAGAACGAGGACCGUUUGUGCCGGACUCCUCCUAUGCAGCAGUCCCCUGGAAUGAUGCGCCGUUUUGUCACCAUCUCACCAAACAGCAAACCAAAGUUGAACACAGGUCAAAUCCAAGAGGGGGUUGGAGAGGCUAUCAAUGGGAUUGUGAAACAUUUCCAUAAGCCAGAGAAAGAGAGGGGCAGUUUAACCCUGCUUUUGUGUGGAGAAUAUGGCCUGGUAUGGGCUUUAGAGCAGGUAUUUCAACAUGGUUUCAAGUCUCCCCGCCUCUUUAAGAAUGUCUUCAUUUGGGAUUAUUUAGAAAAAGCGCAAGUUUACUUUGAAAGUGCCGAACAGAGCCAGGUGACUCAAGAUGAGAAUUGGCAAACACGGGUUCGCCAUUUUUGCCGCUUCAUGCGCGCUAUCAGCAGUACACCCAGAAACAUCGGCAAAGAUGGAAAGUUCCAAAUGCUUGUGUGCCUGGGAGCCAGAGAUCACCUGCUCCACCACUGGAUAGCUCUCUUGGCCGACUGUCCAAUCACAGCACAAAUGUAUGAGGACACAGCACUGCUAAAGGACCGUUCAUUGGUGAACUCUCUGAUCAGAGUACUACAGACUUUGCAGGAAUUUAACAUUACUCUCGAGGCCUCACUUGUCAAAGGCAUUGGAAUCUAA